AUAGCAGAAACCACCGCCUGGAGGUAAAGCCGCGCGGAGCUGGAUCUGCACUCUUGAGACACUGUGAUUCUGUGAAUCACUCACACACAGCCGAGUUGAAGCUGCAACACACUGACCAGCCUCUCUGCAAUCAAACUUUUUGUAUGAAACUGUUGCGCGUCUCGAGUUUGGAUAGAAAGAGUGUGAUCAUUGCGCGCCGCAGAGCGCAGAGGAUCCGAGGAGCUCAGGUCUGAACCGAGCCAGGAGAGAGCUCUCCUCCGGACUGCGAUACGAUGAGGAAAAUCUGAGGUGGCCAAACUCUUCAGUCCUUUUUACGCUUCCUUUGGCUGCUGUCAAAGUGUUAGUCCAUGUGCAGGUUUCCUCGUGAGUGUGAUUCUGUUUUCACCCAGAUCUCUGCUGCCUGGACAAAUGCAUACAAAUGCAUUUAGGAGCUCAACGGACAAGGAGUGGACACGUUUCCGCGGCAGCAACGUGGAACUUUAUCCUGCUCCUGUCAGUAUGCUCAGCAGCACUGUCUGCAGAAGACGACCGCCUAGCUCAUGGAGUGGACAUCCUCUCUCGAUUGGGCCUUACAGCUCAAGACAGGACAGACUAUCAAGACAAGAGGUCAAGCUCACAUUGGACUGCUCACACCACAGUUCCCUCACCUGUUUCUGGAUAUGGGAUAUUACUCGACUCAAACUCCCUCUAUGAGGCUCCAGCAGGCGGUCUUUUCCCGCCUGAGAUUGGUGAGGAGUUUACUGUUGUGGUUAGCCUAAGCUCCUGGCGAGCAAACAAUGCUUUUCUUUUUAGUGUCAAAGAUGGAAUGGACAGGCUGCGUUUUGGCAUUCAGCUGCUGCCACGCAGAGUGGUGGUUUACACUGCAGAGAAAGCCCCCAUCUAUUUCACCUACAACUGGCAGGAUGGGAAACAGCACUCUUUUGCUGUUGGUGUUCAUGCACGCUCAGUGUCCUUUUUUGCAGAAUGUGGGUCAGUGCGGCAGUGGGAGCAAACCUUGGGGAGAUCUCAGACACUGGGGGAUUCUGGGGGUGUCUUUACUCUGGGAAGGAUGAACUCCAAAGCUGCACCAUUCUAUGGUCGAGUUUGCCAACUAGAUAUCUAUCCCUCAGCCCAAGCUGCCGCCCACUACUGCAACUACCUUAAAGCACAGUGUCGGCUGGCCGACACUUACCGGUUGCCUUUGCCACAUCCUGGUUUGGAAAUCGAGGCAAAUGACCCUCCUUCUAACCCACUGACAGAGUCCCCUGUUGGAGUAGCAGCUACCCAUCAUACCCCUAUGAAAACCACAGAAGCUUUCAAAACGUCUCAUGGUAGUUCAUUCAAGCAAUUUUUAACUAUGAGCCCAUCAGUGCAUCCUCGUUUGGGGGAUGAGAGCCAAAGUCCUACAUUGGAAUCCUUUGCCCACUCCAUCACAUCCACACUUCAGCCUGACAACCCCAACUUAAGCAUCCCAAGUCGGGGAGCAGGUCUGGAUCUCAGUUAUAGCACCUCAAGAACUACUAUCACCACUAUCGAAAAUAACUUGGCAAAUGGGAGGAACCCUGAGGGAGAUACUGAUCACUCUGAAAACAGCACAGAGGAAGAAAGCAGCUCGGGGAGCCUACAGACUCCAGGGGCCACCCUACCAGGCCUGAUUUCCUUGGUCAGGCAAAGUCAAGUGAAGGAAGGACUCAGGAACAACUCCAUCAGCGACUCCAGAAACUCCCACUCAGAGCUCCAACAGACUCAUCAGUUCCUGGAGACUAAUUUGAGAGUCAAUGGAACCACUUUGUAUCGUGAGAAUCAGGUGGACAGCUCAGAACAUCAUGAUCUGGAUGGCAGCUAUGAUAAUGUAGACUUUGGAGGAUAUGAUUACGGAUAUGAGGACCCAGACUUCUUUUACGAAUAUGAAGAUGGUUUUCGUGGCCCAAAAGGAGAGCUAGGUCCUGCGGGUCCUCCUGGUCCCCCUGGAUUACCUGGUCCCCCAGGAAAAAGAGGUUCUCGGGGUCCUACUGGUCCGCAUGGAAACCCCGGGCAGCCUGGACCCCCUGGGCCCAAGGGGUCAAAAGGGCACCCAGGUUCUUCACCAGGCCAGGCCCCACCAGGAGAGAAGGGUGACAGAGGUCCACCAGGUCUGCAAGGGCAGGAUGGAUUUCCAGGUCCACUGGGUCCUAAAGGUUAUGCAGGGCAAUUCGGACCACCAGGCGAACAAGGCAUACCAGGACCUCCUGGGGAAGCAGGGUCUGCAGGUUACCCUGGCAGGCAGGGCUCAGCAGGUCCAGAAGGUAACCCAGGGCCUAAAGGUGUCCGUGGUUUCAUUGGGCCUCCUGGUGUUGCUGGACCACAGGGGCUGGAGGGGGACAGAGGGAUUCCUGGUCCAGUUGGGAAACCUGGCCCCAAAGGAAGACAUGGAGUCGUGGGUGAUGCAGGGGAGAGGGGGCCGCCUGGUCCUGAUGGCAAUGAGGGGCCUGUUGGUGGGAUUGGCAUUGGUGGCUUCCCUGGUCUGAGGGGGGACCCAGGGCCUGAGGGACCGCGGGGACUGCCUGGUAUGGUGGGACCUCAGGGUCCAGGAGGACGAGUUGGCCUGCCUGGAUUGAAAGGUGAUAAGGAUGAAGUGGGACAAAGGGGCCAACCAGGAGACAUGGGGUACCAAGGUGAUAAGGGAAAUGCUGGUGCUCCUGGUCCUACUGGGCCGAGAGGGAAGCCAGGACCACCGGGCAGAGUUGGUGAGAUUGGGCCACAAGGACUAUCUGGGCCUCCAGGACCAGAGGGGUUUCCUGGGGACAUUGGUAUACCAGGGCCCAACGGUCCACCCGGGCCAAAGGGUUUGCAAGGUGCCAGAGGGCCACAAGGCCCACCAGGGCCACAAGGAACACAGGGUGAUGAAGGACCACUCGGCCCACCUGGCAGUGCUGGCCCGAAUGGGAGACCUGGACGAAAAGGCUACAUAGGUGAACCUGGACCUGAAGGCUUACUGGGAGAGAAAGGAGACACGGGAAACGUUGGAAAAAUUGGACCACAAGGUCCACUUGGCCUGAUCGGCAUAGCUGGGGUGAUGGGAGUUCCGGGUGAAAAGGGUGACAGAGGACCCGCUGGUCCAACAGGUCCAGUUGGGGAGAAGGGGCCAAGGGGAUAUCCAGGGUUGCCAGGAAGUCCAGGGGACAUCGGCAUGCAAGGUGCAUCUGGUCCACAGGGUCAGAGGGGUAUUCAAAGCAUCGCUGGGCCAAAGGGCAGAAGGGGGCCCCAGGGUCCAGAUGGCCCUCUGGGAGAACCAGGCCCUGAAGGCACCAAGGGUGAAAGAGGUGACAUUGGAACAAAAGGGGAGCCAGGAUUUAUUGGCAAAGCUGGAAGUCCAGGAGAGAGAGGCCCCCCUGGGAAACCUGGUAAACCAGGUAUUCCAGGCAGCACAGGAGAGAGAGGACCUCACGGUGAACCAGGACCCAAAGGACCCCCCGGAGAGGCAGGACCUGAUGGAGAGCAAGGCCUUGAAGGCAGACCUGGUUCAGAGGGGGAACUGGGUGCCAUUGGAGAGCCGGGGUUAAAGGGGGAUGUUGGGCCUCCAGGAGCUGAAGGGGAGCAGGGACAGGAGGGAAUCCGAGGUCUUCCUGGUCCUGCUGGUGAAGACGGCCCUCAAGGAAAAGAUGGACCCAAGGGUGAGCCUGGUGAGCGUGGGCCAAUUGGAGAGCCAGGGGACAAAGGCAUCGAGGGAGACCCUGGGCCUCCAGGGCCAACUGGGGGACCUGGGAAACAGGGCUUUCGUGGACCAGAGGGAAAAUUGGGGCCUCCAGGGAACAGAGGUCGGCAUGGCAAGAAGGGUGAAAAAGGUCCUCCUGGUCUUGCAGGUGAGAUUGGCCCACGAGGAGACAUUGGCCAACAAGGCGAGGCUGGACUCAAAGGCGCCAGGGGAACUCGAGGCCCUCCAGGCCAGCCUGGAGUCAUGGGGGUGGAGGGGCAACCAGGACUGGCAGGAUACACAGGUCACCUUGGCAAGACUGGGCCUGUCGGACCACCAGGGCCUAAAGGUGAAAAGGGUUAUCCAGGCGAGGACAAUAAGACUCCAGGACUGCCAGGGCCCUUAGGUGAACCAGGGCCUACGGGAGAAAGAGGAGAGCGUGGAGAGCCAGGGGAUGAAGGAUAUCAGGGCCAUGUUGGCACUGUUGGACCUCGUGGAGCUGUUGGACCACAAGGCUCACCAGGAUCACCAGGCCUUGCUGGAGAGCCAGGCCCAAAAGGAGAGAUAGGACCCCUGGGCUCUGCAGGAAAGAUAGGAGCGAGGGGACUGAUUGGAGCUCCUGGAAUUGAAGGGCCGAUGGGUUUACCUGGUCUCCCCGGGAUGAAAGGUUACCCAGGGCUAGAUGGUCUACCAGGACUGACCGGCUUGCCAGGAUUUCCAGGAAAACAAGGACGACAGGGUCAUCGAGGUUUGGUUGGACUAGAAGGACCUACUGGACGUCCAGGUCUGAGAGGAGAACUUGGUCUUCCUGGGCUUCCUGGAGAAAGAGGACCACCUGGUCUAAAGGGAGAACUAGGGCUACCAGGGGACAGGGGAGCCUCAGGAUUAAAAGGAUUGGAGGGGGCCACAGGUGACCAAGGCAGGACAGGUGACCUUGGACCCAAAGGACAAGCAGGGGAGUCUGGAGAUGUGGGAAUGGUUGGUUUACAAGGCUUUCCAGGACCAAAGGGACCGAAUGGUGAUUUUGGUUUUAGAGGCUACCUCGGCCCAAAAGGCCCGAUGGGUACCCUGGGAUUUGGCGGACCUGUGGGCCCUGAAGGAAUGAUGGGUCCAGUGGGAAAACCUGGACUGAGAGGUCCAAAGGGAAUCACUGGCGAAAUGGGGCCUCAAGGACCACAGGGAAGUCCAGGACCCAGUGGACCUCCUGGUGCUCCUGGUCCAACAAGGCAGAUUUAUGAUGACUCAGCAGUCUACGGCCUCUCUGACUCUAGUGAAGUCUUUAGGACAGAGAGUUUCCAGAACACAGAGAUGAGCAUACCAGACCAGAAUUCAGAGAUCCUUAAAACUCUGCGUUACCUAAGCAGUGUGAUCGAGAGCAUCAAACAGCCUCUGGGUACACGGGAGAACCCGGCUCGUUUCUGUAAAGAUCUGCUUGACUGUCAUCACAAGCUCAACGAUGGUUGGUUCUGGAUCGAUCCAAACUUGGGCUGUACUUCUGAUGCCUUCGAGGUCUUCUGCAACUUUACUGCAGGAGGGCAGACGUGUUUACACCCACUGGCCUCAAAUAAGAUGGUGUUUGGUGUCGGGAAGGUCCAAAUGAAGUUUCUCCAUUUACUGAGUACUGAGGCCAGCCACAGCGUCGUUCUCCACUGCCUGAAUGAUCCUCCACACAGCACUGCAGACAGCUUCAGCUCCACAGAGUCUUCACUCCACGAAAAUGCCACACUUCGGUUUCGGGGCUGGAACAAACAGAUGUUUGAGAAAGACACUCUACUUGAACCACAGGUGCUACAAGAUGAGUGCAAGAUUCAAGAUGGCAGCUGGCACCAGUCAAGUUUCUUCUUCCAUACUCAGGACAGUCGUCAGUUACCUAUCGUAGAUAUACAGGAAUUUCCCACAUCACAGCCCAACAGUCAGCAGCAUUUAGAAAUCGGUCCAGUCUGCUUUCUCUGACAUCAACAUCACCAUUUUACAUCCCAUAAACAUGAACUACUAAUAUGGAAGGCUGUUACGAGAAAUGGCAGCCGACCAGAGAGUGAGCUCCACCAGAGUUUAUCCUGAUCCUUGGGAACAGUUUAUGGGACAGGUCAUGUCCAAUUAAAGGAAGAUCUUUGUGGAAGAACUGAGUCUCUGUGAACCAUCCAGGCCAAGAAGGCCAGAGGAGAACAUGUGUAUAUCAAUAUUUAUCAUUGAUUGUUUAAAGUAUGUUUUAUCAAAUGGUGCUUAGGUUGUCUGCGUAUGGACCCACGGUAUUCCCUGACCACAGGGUUGGGCCUCACAAAGCAGCAACCUGUCCCUAAAUCGCACACCUCCCUUUCACUCCUCACCACCCCGAACACAAACCAUCCUAAGCAGAGGCCAAACCUGAAGGAGCGUUCGGGCCUUUACAUAGGAGCACUGUCUAACUAAAGUUUUUAUGAGUGCAAUAGCAUGUGGAUGAUGUGUGACUUCAUGUUUUUUCAAACAAAGGCUUUAUAUGACAUUGUUUUCAUGUUUUUGUCUUUGGUCCAACCCAGCUGGACCUGUACAUCUUGACAGAUGGUGCUCUACCUCUACCUGCUCAAAUGCUUUCUAGAAUAGUUGCUUAUGUCAGGUUAGAUUUUUUUUUUUUUUUUUUUGCCUUUGUGUUGUAUGUACCGGUUACAUCCAGAUUUAUUAUGUUGUAUAAGUACUUAUUUUGAUUUGGUCAUUUCUAAUUUAUGAACCAUUUUUUGAUACACUACUUUUUUGUAGCUUUUCCUUUUAUGUGGUAGGUUCUUCAGGGGAACCCUAUUAUUGGUGCUGCAACAAAGAAUGAGUCAUCAGUGAGUUUUUACAUUUCCUGUGUAUAUAUUGACAGCAUACUGUAUGUUUAUUUAUAUCCCUUUUUUGCCACAUUACUGUAUCACAGUAAGUUAUACUCUCAGAGAAAUAUUUGGUCCACCACAACUCAGUCCAAAGAAGUAUUUAUGUUAAAGAGGUGUGCGUGUGUGUGUUCACACCUGUGACUGUAUGUUUUUCAUACUGUUAUUUCAGUUCAUUCAGUGGUGGUCAGGAGGACUGGCAGCUAUAGUAGGCCAGAGUCAGAAAACACAGUCAUCAUAUUCUUAAGUUAUAUUAUCUUGAACAAAGUGUAAUUAUAUAAAGUCUUUGGAGGAAAGGUUGGAAACAAAUGUGUAAAUAAUUCAGUUGACAAACAAAUAAAUGAAACAUUUUAUCCAAAA